AUGUUUCAGCAGCCGCACGCUGCACAACUGCCCCAACAAUAUCUGCAGCCGCAACAACCUUACCAACCGCCUGAUCCUCCAUCCGAUACUGUUGAAUGGCAACGACCCCAGCAGCCUCGCAACCAAGAUAUUGAGCCCUUCCGGCAGCUGCAAAACCCACGCCCUGGCGCACAUCCUUGGCAGCUUGAUUGCACGGUGUUUUCUCCACCGAUUAACCACCACUCAGCAGUGCCGCUGCCUGCUGCUGUUCCGCAGCCACCACAGCUCCGUGAAUCUUCUUUUUGGUUUGAUAUGCCACAACAACACGUCCCGAACUCAACCCCAACAUUUAUAGCCUCGACAAUUUCCCCGAAAGCGACAGCAGAAAGCCAAAACUGCCACGGACAGCCCGUUGUUGUGCUGCAGCCUCUGCUCCAUCCGACUAGUCUUUGCCACUCAACCAUAGUGUCGAUGGCCGCUGAUGCUGCAAUUCCGCCACCAGCCUACUGUGUAUUGAAUCAAGAAGAAGAAAAAGAAGAAGAAUUUCUUGUUCCGAAGGUUAUUGGUGAGCCUCAGGAUGAUGCAGAGACGUGGUUGAAACACCCGUCAAAAUUGACAAAACACCAAAGAAGUCUUGUGAUGUUUUUGUAA